ACACCAAUCUAGUAAUAUUUAAUAACCAGAAACACCACACGAAAUUCAUCAACAACUUUCUCAAACAACCCAUUAACAAAAACACAAAAUGUCCUUUUUUUCCUCCUCCUCCGCAGACUCCCACCUGGCCACCGCGAAGACUGUCCUCACGACGGCCGCCUCGGUGGCCGCCACCGCAAUGCUUGUCCGGUCGGUGGCCAACGAGUUCCUCCCAGGAGAACUCCGCGACUACAUCCUCGGCGGAAUCCGAAGCAUAUUCUCACGCUUCUCCUCAGAACUAACAAUAGUCAUCGACGAGUUCGAAGGCCUAGUCAACAACCAAAUCUACGAAUCCGCAGAGACAUACCUCGGCACCAAAAUCUCACCCUCAACACAAAGACUCAAAGUAAGCAAACCCGACGCCGAGAAAGCCUUCUCCGUCACAGUGGAACGCGACCAAACCAUAACCGACGUCUUUAACGGCGUCAAACUUAACUGGGUCCUAAUCUGCCAUCACGUCGAAACCACAAACUUCCACAACCCAAGGGACCUAAACUCCACCUUAAAAUCAGAGGUUCGUUCUAUGGAACUCACGUUUCACAAGAAGCACAAGGACAUGGUUCUCAACACUUACCUUCCCUUCAUCCUCAAAGAGGCAAAGUCGUUGAAGCAAGAGGCCAAGGCGCUGAGGAUCUUCACGUUGGACCAACAAAACAUGUAUGGGAACUACAGCGAGGCGUGGCUUGGAAUCAACCUUGACCACCCUUCCACGUUUGACACGCUGGCACUUGAUAGUGAGACCAAGGAGUUUGUAAUGGAGGACCUGAAGAGGUUCGUGAAGAGGAAAGAGUAUUAUAGGAAGGUUGGUAAAGCGUGGAAAAGAGGGUACUUGUUGUAUGGCCCACCUGGUACUGGAAAAUCAAGCUUGAUUGCUGCUAUGGCUAAUUACUUGCAUUUUGAUAUCUAUGAUUUGGAGCUCACAGAGUUAAACUAUAACUCGGAGCUUAGGCGCUUGCUCAUAUCUACGCCUAAUAGGUCCAUUGUUGUGGUGGAGGAUAUUGAUUGCACCAUUCAGUCACAGGAUCGCUUGGCGGAAUCGGGAGAAACUUCCGGAAAUCACGAAAGACAACAGGUCACUUUGUCAGGGUUGUUGAAUUUCAUUGACGGGUUAUGGUCAAGUUGUGGGGAUGAGAGGAUUAUAGUGUUCACAACAAACCAUAAAGACAAGCUUGACCCAGCGUUGCUUCGCCCUGGUCGGAUGGAUGUUCAUAUCCACAUGUCAUAUUGCACUCCCUGUGGUUUUAGGCAGCUAGCAGCCAUUUACCUCGGAAUUAAAGAACACUUACUCUUCGGAGAAAUUGAGGAGGCGAUUCAAGAAACACAGGUGACUCCAGCGGAAGUGGCGGAGCAGCUUCUGAAGAGCAGCGACAAUAUUGAAACUACGCUUAAAGGGCUUCUAGAUUUUCUUAGAAAGAAGAAAGAAAGUCAGGAACUUGAGGCUAAUAAGGCAGAACAGGAGGCCAAAGAUAAGGAGGAACAACAGAGGAAGCAGAAAGAGGAUGGUGAUAAAAAAGAUGAUAAUGACGAAAAGAAAAUUGUAAUUGAGUAACACUAGCUGAAAUUAGAGAGUACGGGAAUAUAGAUUGGAGUGUAAAAGAAGUAACAAUAAUUUUCUAAACAAUAAAAAUAUCAGGUGUUGUAUACUUCUAUUUACAAAAAGAUGGUG